AUGAAUCCUUUUGUGUGGGGUGUUCUUAUUAUGACACCAAUUGCUGUUUGGAUAGGUAUAUAUUUUAGAAAGUGGAAAUACCGAAGUCAUUUUACAGUACUAGAAGUUAUACUUUUAUUAGGAUGUAUUAUUUUUUCUUUGCAUGAAGAUGCUGAGCCUCAUUAUUUACUUGGAAUGACUUUGCUCCAGGAAAUUAUUUUAUUUGAAGUUUCUAUAUCAUAUGUAAUAGAAAUUACUGAUUUUGUUGUUACUUUAAAAGAAAAUAAUCAAGCAGAUGAACUUAGAACAAUCCUCAUGCAUACAAUACCUGGUUAUAUUGGAAUUCUUUAUAUGUUUUAUGUAAAGCAAUGUGGUGGUCUAAUUGUUCGAUUAUUAUUAGAUUCUGUUUCUUUACUUAUUUCAGAGCUUAACCAACUUGUACCUGCUAAAUAUCAUCAGUUAUUAGAUGAUAUUUAUUCUAUAAUGUUUGUUAUAACUCGAGUUAUCUAUUAUUCAAUUCUAAGUGUUUAUGGAAUCUAUAUCAUGUUACUUCAUUGGGAAUAUAUAGAUAAAAUAUUAUUUUUGAUGUAUUGUAUAUGGACAAUUUAUGUACUUUAUGAUCAUGUUUAUUAUUGUUUUUGGAGAUAUGUUAGGUUUGAAAUUGUUAGAAUUAUUAAGACUUAUUUGUUUAACAAAACAAAAAACAAUAAUGUAGUUGUAAAACAAGCUGAAAUAAAUAAUCAACAAAUGGAAAGUAUGGUUAUCCAUAAUAAUAUUAACAAUUGUUUCUCAGUUAACCAACAAAAUGAAUUUAAAAAGGAUUAG